CUGAGCGCGGCAGGCGCGGGAGCUGGCGCUGGAGCCGGAGCGGCGGCGGCGGCGGCGGCGGCAUUCACCGGGCGGCGGCGGCGCGGGCUCUGGCACGGGCUCGGGCUCCGGCAUGGUGCAAGCCAGUCUCGUCCCGGGAGAGCGGGGCCCGCGCGCGGGACCGGCGCCCGCGGAGUGGCGGCAGCGGCGGUGGCGGUGGUGGCUGCGGGCACAGACAGGCGGCAGGUGCUAGAAGCCGGGCUGGGCGAGGUGUGUGCCCGCUGGGCUCCGGAGCCGCCGCCCCCUCAUUGCCUAGGUCUUUGCCUCCCUCCGUGCUCGCCAGUUCGUCCAGCCCCCUGCCUCCGCGCCCCGGCCCAUGGCGCCCCGCGGUUGAGCCGGCGCCGCCAGGGACCCCUCCCGCGGGCCUCCCCGGGGCGCGCAGAUCCCAGAGCCGCGCGCCCACCCUCCGCGGAGCCUCCCUCCCUGCCUCGCCCGAGCCGGGCGGGACCAUGGCUGCGAAGCUGCGAGCGCAUCAGGUGGACGUGGACCCGGACUUCGCGCCGCAGAGCCGGCCGCGCUCGUGUACCUGGCCUCUGCCGCAGCCGGACUUGGCCGGCGACGAGGACGGGGCGCUGGGCGCAGGAGUAGCCGAAGGCUCCGAGGACUGCGGGCCGGAACGCAGGGCGACGGCCCCAGCGAUGGCCCCAGCGCCGCCGCUGGGCGCGGAGGUCGGACCCUUGCGGAAAGCGAAGAGCUCCCGACGGAACGCGUGGGGGAACCUUUCCUACGCCGACCUCAUCACCAAAGCCAUCGAGAGCGCCCCGGACAAGAGACUCACGCUCUCGCAGAUCUACGACUGGAUGGUCCGCUACGUGCCCUACUUCAAGGAUAAAGGCGACAGCAACAGCUCGGCCGGCUGGAAGAACUCCAUCCGGCACAACCUGUCGCUGCACACCAGGUUCAUCCGCGUGCAGAACGAGGGCACUGGCAAGAGUUCAUGGUGGAUGCUGAACCCCGAGGGCGGAAAGACGGGCAAGACCCCGCGGCGCCGGGCUGUGUCCAUGGACAAUGGGGCCAAGUUCCUGCGCAUCAAGGGCAAGGCGAGCAAGAAGAAGCAGCUGCACCUGCCGGAGCGGAGCCCCGACGACAGCCCUCCAGGCGCACCGGUUCCAGGGCCCCUGUCGGCCUCCGCCAAGUGGGCCACCAGCCCGGCGUCCCAUGCCAGCGACGACUACGAGGCGUGGGCUGACUUCCGCGGUAGCGGGAGACCCCUGCUAGGGGAGGCGGCCGAGCUGGAGGACGACGAGGCCCUGGAGGCCCUGGCACCGUCCUCGCCACUCAUGUACCCAAGCCCUGCGAGCGCGCUGUCGCCCGCCCUGGGCGCGCGCUGCCCCGGCGAGCUGCCGCGUCUGGCCGAGCUGGGAGGUCCGCUGGGCCUGCACGGUGGUGGCGUGGCCGGGCUGCCGGACGCCCUGCUGGACGGCGCGCAGGACGCGUACGGGCCGCGGGCACGCGCCGGGACCCCCUACUUCGGCGGCUGCAAGGCGAGCGCCUACGGCGGGGGCGGGGGCUUCGGGCCGCCGGCUCUGGGCUCGCUGCGCCGCCUGCCCAUGCAGACCAUCCAGGAGAACAAGCAGGCCAGCUUCGUGCCGGCCGCCGCGCCCUUCCGCCCCGGGGCGCUGCCCGCGCUGCUGCCUCCGCCGCCGCCCGCGCCGAGGCCCGGCCCGCUGCUGGGCGCGCCCGGGGAGCUGGCGCUGGCGGGCGCGGGCGCCGCUUACCCCGGCAAGGGAGCGGCCCCGUACGCGCCGCCGGCGCCCUCGCGCAGUGCCUUAGCCCACCCCAUCAGCCUUAUGACGCUGCCCGGCGAGGCGGGCGCCGCCGGCCUGGCCCCGCCAGCCCAUGCCGCAGCCUUCGGGGGUCCGCCUGGCGGCCUCCUGCUGGACGCGCUGCCCGGGCCCUACGCGGCCGCAGCAGCUGGGCCUCUGGGUGCAGGGCCAGACCGCUUCCCGGCGGAUCUGGACCUCGACAUGUUCAGCGGGAGCCUCGAGUGUGACGUCGAGUCCAUCAUCCUCAACGACUUCAUGGACAGCGACGAAAUGGACUUCAACUUCGACUCAGCCCUGCCUCCGCCGCCCCCGGGCCUGGCUGGGGCACCGCCCCCUAACCAGAGCUGGGUGCCGGGCUGAGGGCCGCUCUGUGCAGCCUGGGUGCCCCGGUCCCGUCCCCAUGGGGCCUCUGUCUUCCCAUCCCGAUCCCCGGGUCCCCACUCCCCCGACCCAGCUCCAAGGGAGGAUCCAGGAGGCAACCCCAGCCCAGCUGGAGACAUCCCUCCGAGCUGAGCACAGAGGGAGGUGGGAAGGAGCAGCUGGGACACCUUGCUAUUUCUCUGUCUGAACUCCUAGGACCUCCUGCUUAGGGCUGGAGGCCUGGGAGAGAUGGUUGAGGUCCAUCUAGAUGGGAGUGGGGAAGAGCGAGGCGGAUGGCCCACUGUGGGUGCUGACCCUGGAAGCCCCCUAGGAGGUGGGGCAGGGGCGUUUCUGAAUCUUCAGUUCCUAAUGCUGGGGCCCUUUGUGACGCUUAGGUCAUCCAACUCCAAUCUGAUUCUCAAAUGACACUUUCCCUCACUGGCCAUAGCCCCACCACACGAAGCCAGCAACCCUCCUCGUUCACACCUAUCUUGGUCAUCCAUUCCGCUCAGUCCUCUGGUCCUCAGCUACCCUCUGGUUCAGUCUCCCAUCUUAACCAGUCCUGGCACCUCCCCUCUCCUGUUGGUCAACCCCAUACUCCUUCAGUACUGGCCACAGCCUCUCCAGCGGGCCUCAGUUCCAGAUCCAUCCCCCAAUUCGACACCCCCCAGUCCUGGCCCCUCUCUCCCAUAUUUAUAAGUGUCCGGUCGGGGCGGGCGGUGGGCGCGGCCUCCCCGGCGCGUAUCGUAGGCAGUGUACUGUGGCCGUGCCGUCAGCGUGUGCGUGUGCGUGUGUGCCGUGUUGAGGCCCUGUAGAGUGCAUUGUACAGCAUA